CGUAUGAGAGCUCUUCAAUUUUAAUAAAAAAUCAAAUGGCUGAGUAGAUGAAAAUGGAAAAGAUGAAAAAAAGAAAAAAAAAUGAGAGGAGCUCUCUCCUCUCUCCUGGAAUUAUCGCUAUGAUUAGGCGAUCGUCUACUGCAACUCUGCUCAAUCGUAUUCGCUGCCAGUAUGAGAAACCAGAAGCUGGGCCGGGAGCGAGGUUCUACCACGCCGGUAGAGUCCGGCCAGUCGGAGAUCAACCAAUACAAACUGGUGGUGAAGAAUCCCAGGGCUAGCGAUAAUGCUUCUGAACAGAAUACUAGUGGGGCUGUGACCCAUGCUCAUGGGGGUGCACUCAAAAAGAGGAGAUGUGAUCUGGUUGAAGAGAUCCGUCCCUCGCCUGCUAUCCGUCCAAAAAGAGCCAGGCUUACAUCCGCGAAAGGGUGGAGAUUUUGGCUCCCGGCCUCGUCCGAUGUGGAAGGCGAUGAUUCGCUGUUAACCACAACUAGAUUGACAACGCCGACUGAACUAGCCCCGUCGCGGACAAUUAUUCAUCAGCAUUACCAACCCAACGAUGAAAGUCCAAGGGAGGGGAUGGCGGCUCAAAGGAUAAGGGAGACGUGUCCGAUGCAAACCUUGGUGUUGCCCUACACCCGUCGUACCGCCCGUACCGCCGACGGUGACUAUCUGUUCACGACUCCUCAGAAAGUGACGACUCAAUCCUGAGAGAUCAGGGAUUCUUGGGUUUAUCCCCCGGAUUUUGUGGGGUUGUUAAGGGAAUCUUCGAGGUACCCUAACUACCGCCCAAAUCCGAACCGCCCUACUCGUCCUGUUACAAGGACUCCUGCUUAUAUUCAAAUUCUAAAAGGGGGCACGGGUCUUGGGUGUAUAAAAACCAACUCUGUGUUUCGCCUGCUAGCUCACCAAGUAUAGAAACCAAUUUGCUGUAGUGGAGAUAGCUCGGUGAUGACUCGGUAUUUGCACAUGUUUUCCCCUUUGUUUCUUGAUUGUUUGAGCUUGAAUUAUCGUGUCUUUGGCCUAUUUUACGCUAGGUUGUGUUCCUUUGUCACAUUUCAGGUCCUAGCACAUAAAGUGAAGCAUAGGCGCAAGUUUCAAGUCAAUCAGAGAUCAAUUGACGAUUCGGGAGAAGAAACUCGGGUAUGACCUGAAGAAGAAUGGAUUUAUACCUCACUUUAUGGACAAAGAAUCAUGCAAGCUUGUCAUGAAAAGAAAGAGGACGAGACUACGAGUGUCUGGGAUCAAACGGCGACUGAUUCGGAGUCCGGACGAAGGAGAAACAAAGCAUUAAACAGAGGCUGAGCAAGCCACACGGGCACGACCCACACGGUCGUGUGAACUGGCCAUGUGGCCGUGUGGAAAUCUCCGAGCCUUCACACGGUCAGCUGGGAAAGCCACACGGCCGUGUGGCCUGGCCGUGUGAGUCGGUAAUUGCUGUUUAAAACCCGAUUUUCAGCAAAAGGAAAGAGGGAGAGCUGGGUUUUGGAUCCCAAACACCCAAGGGACGAACCCUAGAGAGAGAAAGCGACUUGGGAACAUUCUUGGAGCUAUUUCGGAGGAUUUCUUCGCCAUUGGAGCUCGGGAAUCAAGCUUGGAGAUGGAGAUUGAAGAUCUAGAUCAGAUUUCUGCAGUCUCUCUCUUCUCUAUGGAGUAACUUCCCUUCACUUAGGUUUUGAGGAACCUUAGUUCCAUGAGUUAGGAUCUUUCUUGUAUGAAGUUUUGGAUGCUAUAUUGUUUGAUUAUAAUCGAAUGAUGCAUGUUUAUUGAGUCAAUUGAAGUCUGAUCAACUUUUCCUGAUUCCUGCUGCAAUCUGAGAUAGAUAGAAUCUGAUUAGGUUGCUAGAGUCUCAUCAUUUGGUAGUAGGAGAUUGGCUAUACGAGAGUUAGCCAGUUUACUGCUUUGUACUGGAAUUCAAUUCCAGUAGUGGAGUUCUGUGCUUAUUGCUUCAGCUUUCUAUCCCGGUGAAGACUAGUCGUCUGCCGGAUAGUUAGACUGAGAGGGUUUGGUCAGCUUAAGAGAUUCCAAGCUACUGUCGGAUCUUCCGCAGUUUAAUCAACAGUAAAUCAACCA